CCCAUUUUGGGAGUAUCAAAUGCAAUGAUAGCAAUCAAGGUAUGGGUUAUGGGUAAAAAUAUAGCAGAGAUUACCCCCAAAAAGGUAUGGAUUAUGGGGUAUGGGAGAGUUAUGGGUUAUGUAUGGCAUUUCCCUGCAAACGAGGUCGGUAACUCAGAAAAUGUAUGGAGUAUAAGGGAGUAUGGGUUUAUAGGGGUAUGGGUUAAGAGGGAGUCGACUGUACU